UCGGCGGGAGACACAGGCACUCGCUGGCUGCCCCGUCCGCUCUCCGCCUCCGCCGCGCCCUCCUCGCCCGGGAUGGGCCCCCCCGCUGCCGCUGCCGCCGCUGCCGCAGCCACCACCGCCGCCGGAGCCAUCACCUCCCAGCCACCGCCUGGGUUGCCACGCUCGCGCUGACGCCCGGGGCCUCGCGCGCACCGGUCCGCCCGCAGCCUUGCCCCCUGCCCGCGCCCGCCGGCGGUGGAGCGGUCACGAUGCUGCCGCCCGCGCCCUCCCGACUCGGGUUGCUGCUGCUGCUGCUGCUGUGUCCGGCGCACGUCGGCGGACUGUGGUGGGCUGUGGGCAGCCCCUUGGUCAUGGACCCCACCAGCAUCUGCAGGAAGGCCCGGCGGCUGGCCGGGCGGCAGGCGGAGCUGUGCCAGGCUGAGCCGGAAGUGGUGGCAGAGUUAGCCCGGGGCGCCCGGCUUGGGGUGCGAGAAUGCCAGUUCCAGUUCCGCUUCCGCCGCUGGAACUGUUCCAGUCACAGCAAGGCCUUUGGGCGCAUCCUGCAGCAGGAUAUCCGAGAAACGGCCUUCGUGUUCGCGAUUACCGCGGCGGGUGCCAGUCACGCAGUCACGCAGGCCUGCUCCAUGGGUGAGCUGCUGCAGUGUGGCUGCCAGGCUCCCCGCGGGCGGACCCCGCCCCGACCCUCCGGCCUGCCGCCUCCAGGCACCCCGGGACCCCCGAACCCCGCGGGCCCGGCAGACGCCAGCGCUGCCUGGGAGUGGGGAGGCUGCGGCGAUGAUGUGGACUUCGGCGACGAGAAAUCGAGGCUCUUCAUGGACGCGCAGCACAAGCGAGGGCGCGGGGACAUCCGCGCACUGGUGCAGCUACACAACAAUGAGGCGGGCCGCCUGGCCGUGCGGAGCCACACGCGUACGGAGUGCAAGUGCCACGGGCUGUCGGGCUCCUGCGCCUUGCGCACCUGCUGGCAGAAGCUGCCACCGUUCCGCGAGGUAGGCGCGCGGCUGCUGGAGCGCUUCCAUGGCGCCUCGAGAGUCAUGGGCACCAACGAUGGCAAGGCCCUGUUGCCCGCCGUGCGCACACUCAAGCCACCCGGCCGCGCCGACCUCCUCUACGCCGCCGACUCGCCUGAUUUCUGCGCCCCCAACAGGCGUACCGGCUCGCCGGGCACUCGCGGCCGUGCCUGCAACAGCAGUGCCCCGGACCUCAGCGGCUGCGACCUGCUGUGCUGCGGCCGCGGCCACCGUCAGGAGAGCGUGCAGCUCGAGGAAAACUGCCUGUGUCGCUUCCACUGGUGCUGCGUGGUGCAGUGCCACCGCUGCCGCGUGCGCAAAGAACUCAGCCUCUGCCUCUGAUCCGGACUGUGCUGGAGUUGCCUCCCGCGCACCUGCCGCACCUCUGCGCUUGGCCAGGGGGCGCUGUCCCGGUCAAGCCGCUCCCUGACCCCAAAAGGAAAAAAAAGUCCUCGUGGUGCGGCCGGCCUCUUGAAACAAUGAGGCCCUGGGUCUUGGAUGUACCCACACUCACGCAGGACCCGGGGAGCCGGGUAUCCUCCCCGCCUCACUCCUUGACUCUGAAAGGGUAUCCUGGGCCUUGCUGGGUCAGACUGUGGCGGCCCCCUUCUCCUUAGCCCCAGAUGGAAACCGGAAGGCCAGCCCUAG